AUUGCAGGAAUGAACAGAAACAUAAGCACUAAUUUGUCAUUUAACUUUUUAAAGCCUUUGACUGAGAAGUUGUUGUUGCUGCAGAUCCUGGUUGGAAGUUUCCUUUACAUUAAUUGCUUAAUGAUAUUCACAUUUCUGAAAAAAGGUGUAUUUAGAGAAGAAACCAGAUAUAUUUUGUUUGCACAAACACUUUUUGUGGACACUGCUUUCCUUUUGGUAGCAGACUUGCUUUCAGUUGGAACUUUUUUACAGUACCCCGUGAACAUGGUUAUUUGUUCUCUUAGUUUUUUAAUUCAGAAUUUUUUUACAUGCUGUACCCCUCUGACUUUGGUAGCUAUGUGUCUGGAACGCUAUGUUGCUAUAUGCAUGCCUUUGAGAUAUGCUGACAUCUCCACAACUAAGAUAAGGUUAUAUGGGCUUGUUAUCAUAUGGAGUAUCAGUUCUAUAAUUCCAGCAUUCAGUUUUAUAGGAUAUUGGGUAGCAGCCCCACCUGUUACUCUGUACUCCUAUGAAGUGUGUAAUGCAGAGGUUGUCUUAGUCAAAGAAUGGCAGGCCCAUGGUCGUGCUGCGAUUUAUGUUAUACUUUUUUUUGUUAUGGUCAGCAUCAUUGUAUUCACCUAUAUCCAAAUACUGAUUGCAGCCAGAGCUGUUGCUUCUGAGAAAAAAAAAUCAACUAAUAAGAGCCUGAGAACUGUGCUGCUUCAUGGUGCUCAAUUGUUUUUGUGCAUGAUGCAGUUUUUUAACCCAUAUAUAGAAAUGGCAUACUGGAAUGUUGAAGAAAUGACACUUAGAAAUAUAAAAUAUUCUAAUUUAAUUGUUUUUUUGUUUGUACCACGUAGUCUUAGUCCUUUAAUUUAUGGUCUAAGAGAUGAAAAAUUCUUCUAUGUUUUAAGACAUUAUGCUUUGUUUGGUACAAGCUUCUCAACAUUAAGUGAAAUAAAACAAUAUAAAAUAAGACCAAUUUAA